CUACCCCCUUCAAAAAACCACCCCUAUCAACCUCUCCCUCCCUCUCUAAUUGACUUUAUCCGGCUCUCGUUACGCUGGAAAUUGCACCAGCCAGAUCUUGGGCUCGGUCACGGUGUCUAACUCUGGCCGAGUGAGGUUCGGUGGUGAUCGAAACCCCCCUCAUAUGCCCGUUUAGCCACUGAUGCCGGCCGCCGAACCCCCUAUUGUGUCUACUGAAUCCGGUCUUGUCAAAAUGGACGACCGGAAGCGACCCGCUGCGGACAGCAAUGAUUCAGCCCCGCCAUCAAAGAAGCAGGCCACCGCUGUGAAUGGCGGGAGCAAGCCUCACCCCGAUGCUGAUAUGCCCUGGAAAGAUGACUUAGAGCGCUUUCAAAAGGAUGCGAUUUUGCGUCAAAUGCAAGAAUACAAACGGGAGAAGGUUUCUUUGGAGUCGCGAGUGAGCCAGAUGUCAAAAGCAGCUGCAGACCAUAAUGAUCGCCUUCGUAUUAUCGACUCCUGGUUUCGUCAGUUCCUUGAUGAAAUUAAAGUGCUUAUCGGACCUUCAAAUGAAUCAGCCAAAGACCACGCAUUUAAAAGUUCUUUGCAGUUCGAAGAUAAUGAGGCCUUUGAAACACACUUGAAGUCUCGCUCCCAUGACAUUCGCGAAAUCAUCACACAAUUUCAAUCGACGGUAGCUAAGGUGUCUCCAGAAGUCGCAGAUCUCCAAAGCCAAUUGGCCAAGAAGCUCGCGGAGGAGAAAGUCUUAAUUACCGACUAUGAGAAGACCUUGGCCGACAAGCAGCAACUCGAAGAAAGUCUGGAAACAGCCUCACUCCGAUAUAUGAUGGCUGAAAAGAAACUGGAUCGUGCAAGGAGUUUAACCGCAGCCAAGCUCGAGAAGGGAUACAUUAUGGGCAGUCAACGACCUGGCUCCGAUGGUGUGCAAACAAAGCGCGAGGAGUCAUCUCCAGCUAAUGGUGGAACUCCUGCUGGAGACCGAAGUGUUGAGCUAGAAGAAUCCAAUAAUCAACUUGCAGUCAUGUCUGAAAAACAGAAAGAACAGUUACAGAAGUUGGAGACCGAGAAUGCCAAUCUGCUUACUCAGAUUACUGAGGUUAAAAUUAAGUAUUCCAAGUUGACCGACGACGAUUACGCGCAAACCGAUCUCUUUAAACAACUUCGCUCACAAUAUGAUGAUGUGGUGAAACGCAUUAAUCACCUCGAAGCGACAAAUAUUCAAUUGCGCGAGGAGGCCGAGAAGUUACAUUCUGAAAGGACUUCCUACAAAAUACAGGUUGAGGACGAGGCUCGCAGCGCAAUGGCCGAGAAGGACAAUCAAUUAGUUCGAGCGGAAACCGACCUUGCGCGGAUACGAAAUGUUCGGGAUGAGAUUUUGGCCGACCUGCAGAUGCGAAAGGCUAGCCAAGAUCAAGAGAAGACCACCGGUUCCAAAUUACAGGAGCUUGCAGACGCUCGGGAGGCUCGGAUUACAGCUUUGGAAUCGGAGACAGAGCGAUUGCGAUUACAGAUCGAAGGAUCGAAGACAUCAGAAAGCGUGGAGGACAUGUCCUUCGAAGAUCUUAAGGCCAAACACACUAGCCUGGAGCGCCAGUAUUCCAUGCUGGAAACUGAGCUGAGCUCGAUGCAGAUGGCGUACAAGAAGUUUUCUACCCUGGCUUCGCAGAAAGUUAUUGACUUUGGUGCUUUGGAAGAAAAGGUUUCACGGUUGAUGGCGGAGAAAUCCAAGGCCGACCAGAAGUACUUUGCAGCGAUGAAGAGCAAGGAAGCUCGUGAGAUCGAAGUCCGCACACUUCGAGUACAGAAUUCGAAGACCUCGGAUAUUGUCGCGCAGCUGAAGGAUUCGGAAGCUACUACUCGAUCUUUGCUAUCCAACAUGGAAAAGCAAGCCAGCGAGACCAAAGAAGCCCUCAACUCUGUCCAAGAAAAACACCGGUCUACUCAGCAACAAUUGACGGAGAGCACUAUUGUGAUUGAGGGGUUGAAACGCCAGAUUUCUGAGCUAAAGGCCCUCUCGACCUCGAAAGACUCGACUUUAGGAACAACCUCUUCUGCUCUGCGAAAGGCUGAAACAGAGAUUCUCGGUCUGAAGCAGAGUCUUGCAGAUACCAAGAAGAGCCUUGAGGGCUGGAAGGGCAAGACUCUUGGCAACAAUGAAUCCGAGUAUGAAAUGUUGCGGGCACUUGCCCUGUGCACAGUCUGUCGCCGCAACUUCAAGAACACCGCCAUCAAGACCUGUGGUCAUCUCUUCUGCAACGAGUGUGUAGAAGAGCGAGUGUCCUCUCGGUCUCGAAAGUGUCCCAACUGCAACAAAUCCUUCGGAAGCAACGAUUAUAUGCACGUUACUCUGUGAUGUGACUCAUCGCUUGAUUCCAAAAUAUUCUUCUUGUACAAUAGCCCUUUCUUUUUUUUCUAUUCUUGUUGCCCCUUUCCACCUAUUCAUUUUUAUUGGUCACUCUCGGACAGGUCCAUGGUGCGGUGUUGGGUGGCUGGUUUAUUCGGUCAGGUUAGGGGGCGUUUGACGAUUUUAUGUGGCGUCCUUCGAGACAGUUUUGUUUCUCCCUCUCAUGCGAAGGCCUUUGAAUGUCACGGUGUAUUUGUCUUGUUUUGUUUUCUUCUGAAUGCGGCGGGGCGCUGAGCGAACGAUCGUGCGCCCUUGGAUACCCUGGUUUCGAGGCGCAAUUGUGACUUUCUCUCGGCUUUUGCCUCUAGAUUAUCUUUUGUCAUGUAAGACUAUGUUCCGAGCAGAUGAAAUAUGAAAACAAGUCAUGAGGCCCGA